AGCCUCGAAGUCGAAGGGGACGCAAUAGGAUAGGAGAGUGAAAGGGGCAGUUGAGUAAGUUUAAUCAUCUCACGACUCACAAGCAGUGAGCAGCAAGUCUUUGCCGUGUUUUGACCUCUUCAUCACACUGUCUCUCUUCUCACUUCUCACCCCCAAACCACACCACAGUGUAUACAAACCUUUUAUUUCAUGCCUCUAUCAUUUCAACCCUUCCGUCCUCUGCUUCAUAAACAAAGAGCUAGACAUGAGAGGUGAUGCUUUCGACACUAUCAACGCUGCUGCCACUGCGAUUGCUUCCGUCCAAAAUCGCCUCCAUCCUCACGUCCAGAAGAAAAGCUGGGGAAGCUGGUUGAGCACAUAUUGGUGUUUUGGACACCACAAAAACCGAAAGCGCAUUGGACAUGCAGUCCAUGUUCCCGAUAGUUCAACAACACAAGCACCUAGUAUUCCACUCCCCUUCGCUGCACCUCCCUCUUCUCCCGCAUCUUUCCUUCACCCAGAACCUUCUUCAGUUGCACAAUCACCAGGUGGCAUACUACCUCUCACUUCCGUUUCUGCCAGCAUGUACUCUCCUAGUCCUAGUGGUCCUUUCUCUAUCUUUGCCAUUGGACCAUACACACAUGAAACACAACUAGUGUCACCGCCAGUUUUCUCAACAUUCACCACUGAGCCAUCAACCGCUCCAUUCACUCCACCUCCUGAAUCUGUCCACUUGACUACACCUUCUUCACCUGAAGUGCCAUUUGCUCAGCUUCUUGACCCCAAAAACAGGAAUGGUGAGACAUAUCACUAUCACUAUGACUUCCACUCUUAUCAGCUUCAUCCUGGAAGCCCCAUUGGUCAACUCAUAUCACCAAGAUCAGCUUUCUCAGCUUCUGGCACCUCAUCUCCUUUCCCUGACACCGAGUUCACUUCUCGUGCUUCCUUCCUCCUUGACCCUCCCAAGCUUCUAAACUUGGAUAAACUCUCAACUUAUGAAAACCAAAAGUCACGUCAAGGUUCUUCUGGCUCUCUAACCCCAGAUUCUGUAAGAUCCACAACUCAACCUGGUUUUCUCCAAAGCCACUGGGUUUCUGAGAUCACAAUGUCCCCACAUCCAAGAAAGAAUCGCCCCAAUGAGAUUAGUGUAAAUCAUAGGGUCUCAAUUGAAGUAUCUGCACAAGAAGCAUUGAGAUGUGUGGAAAACAAGCCAGUGGCAUGUACUAUAGCACCUUCAAAGUUCAAAACUGAUGCACCCGGAGCAGAUAAAGAAGAUAAUUCAGGAGAAGCCCUUGUAACUGAAACUCCCAAUGAUGCACCACAGCAGAUCACGGACGGUGGAGAUGGGGAAAUAGUUCACCAAAAGGAAGAUUGUAUAACAUUUUCAUCUGCUAAAGAAUUCAACUUUGAUAACGCUGAAGGAGGGGAUUCUCCUGCUCCCAAUAUAGUUGCUGAGUGGUGGGCUAAUGAGAAAGUUGCAAGUAAGGAAGGAGGAUCCUCCAACAAUUGGUCUUUCUUCCCAAUGAUUCAACCUGGUGCUGGAUAAUCGACAAUAAGGACUCACUUAGUUUGGUUUUACUUAGCCUUGCUGGAAUUUGGCAUGGGUUUUUAUUUGUGUGCCAUUCUAAGGCAUCAGCCAACACUACCUCUGCUAAAUUGAAUCAUAGGCAACUAGGAAUUUUACAUCGGUAGAUCUAACUAAUAAUUUUUUUUUUUUUUGUUUUUUUUUUUUUUAA